UGCCUCUUCCAGUCUCACUGCCGUUCUUGUCAAGUUCCAGUAAUGAGUCAUUGAGCGGAGGCAGCAGCAAGCAACCAUUAUUGCUGAUUUACACAACACACUCAAGAUGACAGGAGAGAGUGUGCCCGAGGGUCCCGACCUGAAGGAGAUGGACGAGGAGGAACUGUGGGAACUCAUUAAUGAUAACCGCCAUCGGCUCUCCUUGGGGGUGAGGCCAUGCAUCGUGAUCCCGUACCUCAGGCAGGCCAGGGUGCUCACUGAAAUGGAUGAGGAUGAGAUUCUCUCCAGCCACAACCUCACCAACCGCUCAAUGAGAACAAGCCAUAUGAUGGAUCUGCUGCGGACCCAGGGUAGGAACGGUGCUGUGGCUUUGCUGGAAAGCCUGAUGAUCCACUACCCAACCCUCUACACUCAAGUUACUGGACGCAAGCCCAGCACGGAACCCUCAAGAUUCAGUGGCCUGAUAAAGUAUUCCGAACUGACCGAGUACCUCAUUAGAGCAGUGACCGGAAUGCAGAAUGAGCUUUGGGAGGCUCGUUGCGAGGCUGGCAAAAUGAGUGCUCGCUGUGCCUCUCUGGAGUCUGAGAUUCAGCAGAUAAUGGACCAAGGGGAAAAGUCCAGGUGCCUUCAGUUGGAAUGUGAGCGCAUCCAUAGACAUUUGUCUUCACUGCAACGUGAAGUCACCCAGUUGAAGGACGAGAAGUGCGACUUGUAUGUACGCUAUACUGCAGCUAUAGAGGAAAAAUCCGCUAUGAGCAUGCACCUCCAUGACCUCAAUUUACAGAUAUAUCAGCUGCAAACAGAACUGCAAAAGGCCCAAACGGAGAGUGACUUCCAGAAACGGCGCUCUCUCAGAUGCGUCCCUUUAGCUGAGGCGUCUCAACUGCAAGAGGAAGUGAGGAGUCUGCGCUGCCAGUUAGUGAAGAUAGAAAAACUGAACCCAGCUCAUCAGGAUAUUCUGGCCCAGGACCUGGCUGAAGCUAUUGAUAGCCAGGUGGAGCUUGCAGGUCAGCUCGGGUGUUACAGAGAAGAGAAUGAACAGAUGCACAGAGAGAAACAAAAGCUUCUGGAUCAGAACGAGUGUCUGACCCUUCAAGUGCAGCAGCUGACCCUUGACUGUAACAUGCACCAGCAGAAGAGCACUGUGAUCCAGAACCAGAUGAGAGAGCUGCAGACAGAGAGAGACCAAGCAUACCUUUCCAGAAACGAAGCCCAGACACAGAUCGCCUGCAUUCUGGCUGAGAAGGACAUCCUGAGGUCUCAAAUGAUGGAGCUCCAGGAGAGAGCGUUUAGUGCAUAUGCCAAACACAACAAAGAAUGGCAGAGCUCUAAUGAGAAUGGGAUUGGCUGGGAGCAUCCGAUAUCCCGCUCUGAAAAUUCGUCAUUCCCAAAUAGACGCAGACUUUGCCGCAUGGAUGCAGUUAGUCCUUUAUCAGUGGAUUCCUUUACAUCAGAGUGUGAAGAUCCAUUGGCAAGUAGCGUCCGAUCCAGAAAUGUAGAGCCUCCCAGUCCGCAGUCUCUCCGCAGAAGAGAGGGAGCUCUUUAUGAAGACAGCAGCAUGGAAACAGCAGAGACUGAUGAUUCUUCACUGGACGACUUUGAGAUCCUCCCCAGUGAGUUACGUGAAGACCAAAGCCCAUCAAGACAAUAUGCUCCUGGUGGAACCAAAAACACAUACAGCCUGGAUAACAAUUAUGUACCUCCAUUCCUCGUGCGUUCGCGUCCUAAAGCAAUGCGCAUCAGUGGCCGCGUAGUCACCAUUGCCUUCCAGGGGGAGAUGCUGCUAAAUCAGAUAGCAGUGAUAGGGGGGAAUAAGACUGGGGUCUUUGUGCAUGAAGUAACAGAAGGGAGUGCUGCACAUACUGUGGGUAUCACCCAUGGAGCGCAAAUAGUGGAGGUGAGGUACCAGCAGGACCAGAAAGCUCUAAGGAUGGUGCUGGAGGAUUCCACUUCAGAGGAAGCUCUGUGGGCACUUGGCCAGGUUACUGGUCUCUGCCAUCUCUCUUUACGUCCCAGGCAAGAUGACUAUGAGGCACUGCUGCAGCAACUGCAGGAGAGUGAGAUGUCAUCAGGCGACUCUUUCUAUGUGCGUGUCAACGUGACCAUCCCAGCAGGUUCCAAAGGGACACUGACUGUGUCCUGCAAUGACAUUUUACAUGUGACCAACACACGCCCGACGGACACUGAAGACUCGUGGUACGCCAGUCAGGUUCAUCCCUGCCAGCUUCUGGCCCUCCAUAGUGGAUUAGUACCCAACUACUACAGAGCACAGCGACUUCUUAUUCGGGCUAUUGAAGAAAUGAACUUUGAAAGGUCAAAGUCUGCAAAGCAAGGGCAUAUGGUGGCUCAGAAUACACAGAAAGCAGUGAGGAUUGUCAGCACAGGUCGCCAGGGCCGCAACCCUCUCUGGGUCAGCGUAGAGAAUGAAAAGAGCAAGAGCACAGAUUCGGAUGAAACAUCGGCACCCAGAAGCUGUCUAACCCUCAUGCCCUAUACACCGGUCACACCACACUUCCCACCCAUCUGUCGCCCAGUCCUGUUACUACCAUCUGUCCUGGGACGCAUUCUCGAUAAGAAGGUCGCAGGAUGGCAAGGCUUUGAGCUCUGUGAACCUGAGAUGUUGAGCUCCAGUGACCAUGCAGCCCGACUGCAGAAGUCCGAGCUCCUGGAGGAGUGUGAACAGGGAAGAAACUGCUACUACACCCUGCAGAGUGUAGAAAAAGUCAUGAAGAAGGGUAUUCACUGUGUAUUGCCUCUUGGGCUGGACUGUGUACGUCGCCUACACAGGGCAGAGAUCUUCCCUAUUAUCAUCUUCAUCAGCCAGUCACCACGCAGUGCGCGUAAACUCAGGUCGAAGCUUCACCGUCAGAACUGGUCAGAGGAGCAUCUGCUGGUGUGUUCCAGAAGCGAGGAGGCGCUUUUGGACAAACUGCCGUGCUUGUAUCAUCGCGUGGCUCCUGACUCGUGGUGUGACCAGACGUCACUACUGACCAGGUUGCGCACCGUCAUCUGGGAGGAGCAGAGGAAGAUUGUGUGGGUCGAGCCUGACCUGUGGUAAAAGUAGAAAGGGGAUGAAUUUAAAUAUGUUUUUGCUAAAGACAAUUACAAAAUAUUUGUAAACACAAGUACGUAUCUAUGAUACUUCAACAUAAGUGUGUGAAAUAAAUACUCUGGUAAUUUGAUUUACAUACAGUAAUAUAAUUGCAUGCACUCACUGACUACAAUAUAAGGAACUUUACAUCUGAACAACCUGAUGAGAUCUAUCCAUCCAUCCAUUUUCUGAGCCGGUUCUCCUCACUAGGGUCGCGGGCGUGCUGGAGCCUAUCCCAGCUGUCAUCGGGCAGGAGGCGGGGUACACCUUGAACUGGUUGCCAGCCAAUCGCAGGGCACAUACAAACAAACAACCAUUCGCACUCACAGCCACACCUACGGGCAAUUUAGAGUCUCCAAUUAAUGCAUGUUUUUGGGAUGUGGGAGGAAACCGGAGAGCCUGGAGAAAACCCACGCAGGCACGGGGAGAACAUGCAAACUCCACCCGGGUCCUCAGAACUGUGAGGCUGACGGUCUAACCAGUCGUCCACCGUGCCGCCUGAUGAGAUCUACUAUAAAGAAAAUAAGGUUGUUGAAUGAACCAAUUUUGACAUUGACAUCGAUCUGGGUGAACAAGCUUGGUUUUUUUUGCAUAUUCAAGAAUAGUAUAAUUUUUCCAAUGGGUUAAUAUUGCAUUUUGAAAUAUAUUGUGGUUAUAAUUUGCAGGGCACGGUAGACGACUGGUUAGCACGUCUGCCUCAGAGUUUUGAGGAAUGUGUAGGUUGCAUGUUCUCCCUAUGCCUGCGUUGGUUUUCUCCCAGUUUCCUCCCACAUCCCAAAAACAUGCAUGGUAGGUUAAUUGAAGACUCUAAAUUCCCCGUAGGCGUGAAUGUGAGUGUGACUGGUUGUUUGUUUAUAUGUGCCCUGCAAUUGGCUAACGAACAGUUCAGGGUGUAACCCGCCUCUCGCCCACAGUCAGCUGGGAUAGGCUCCAGCACCCCCGCGACCCUAGUGGGAAUAAGCGGUACGGAAAAUGAAUGAAUGUAAUUUGCAGUUGUGAAGAACUGCGCUGCAUCAUAAUGAGAGCGGUUUCUAUUUUCCCCCUCUCAUGUAUCUGAAUAAGGUAAACAAAUUUGGAUCCCUGCGAUUGCCUGGUGACCAGUUCAGGGCGUAACCCGCCUCUCCCCCAAAGUCAGCUGGGAUAGGCUCCAGAAUACCUGUGACGCUCGUGAGGAUAAGCGGUACACAGAAUGGAUGGAUGGAAAUUGGAUCCCAUUAAGUUGUGCAGACACACGUAAUUAAAUGUUUGCUUUCACCUUAUUUUAAUAUAUACUUUAUAAUGUGAACCAUUUUAGUUAUGUUUGUAGCCUGCUGACAUUUGCUCAACAUCUUCCUCCUUUUACCGUCAAAUAUUCCUUAGCUCUGUGAGGUCUUUCCAAAGGAUUUUAAAUGGCUUGUUUUUCUUGAACUGAAUUGAACUGCUCUGUAUUCUGCGCAUAUUUAAUGCAUUUCAGUUUUCUUUUAAAAAACAGGUGUUACUGGUGACAUUUACAUGAUGAAAUAUUUACAUGAUGAAAUAUUUACAUGAUGAAAUAUUUCCAACUCUGUCACAUGUAUAAGAUCCUUUCACUUAUUUGCAGGCCUGGGGGGGAGAGAGGGGGGGGAAUCAAUGAUAUUUUCGAAACAAAGUACCUGAAAACUACUUUCCAUUUUGGUGAAAAAUUCUGCUAAAUUGUGUUACAUAUGAACACAAGGUUAAAGAAACAUUUUAUCACGAUUUUAAAGUCAUGGUGAAAGUCUGGUACUUUAAGCCACCGAUGACCAAAAGAUUUAACAUAAACCAUUUUCUGCCUGUGGAAAUUCAGACAGUGAAUUUUUGUGUAGGAAACACUUUCCCUUGUGUAUC